AUGCCCGCCGCGCCCAUGUCGAGCGACGCCGGCCUGGGCUCCAAGGAGGACGACGCGCGCCUGAACGAGCGCAUCUCCAAGGCGCGCUCGGAGCUGUCGGAGCUGCACAAGAUCAUGGUCAAGGACGACCGCGACCGCCUGUUCCGCGAGAGCGACGGGCCCGCAAUGCGCACUCGCAGCCGCACGACCGGCGGCAGCGGCUCUGCAGCCCUCAAGGACGCCUCGCUGCGGCCCGCGCCGCUGGACACGGACUUCCACACGCCGCAGCCGCUGCGCAGUGCGUCGGGCGAGCGGCUCAUGCAGCUGUCGCGUGGUGAGGACUCUGGCCGCUCGGACCGCAUGCGUCUAGCGGAGCUCUCGGACGAGCAGCUCAAGUGGCCGGCCGCAGAGGCGGAAGCAGCAGUCCAACGCCCGGGUAGAGCAAGGAUGAGCCCCAAGGGUAGAGUGCGAGCCACCACCACCCCACGUCGCACAACGGCCAAGGAUCUGAGAGACUACUCCACGGACUUCGUGCAGCAGGCGCUGAAUUUUGACAACGUCACGGAUAACGACGAUACAGGAGCUGCGUCUCCGUCACCGCCGAGAUCGGGAAGUAUGAGGCGGCUUGGAGAAGAUGUGGAACGCAAUUUUGAGCAGGAGCAUGCCGGUGAGUUCGGCGAAGGCAGGACGCAACAAGAUCUGCACACGUACGUGCGGCAGAUGGAGGAGACUAUCGCGCAGCUCGUGCAGCAGAAGGACGAGUUACUGAGGAACCAGGCCGAGUUUGACAAGCAGGCCAGUGGCAUCUUCCCGUCCUUGGAGAAUCUGAACCAUCAGCUGUCACAGAUCGUGCAGGGCAAGCUGCUGCACUCGGGGCAGUCGCAGAACAACGACGACGUCGUGAAUCUGCAUGAAGACAUGCUGGACGAGCUGCGCGUUCAACGAGAGCAGUUGAGCGAGUUGGAGGCGGAUAGCAAACGCCGCAAAUACGACGCGGAAUUGCAGGAACAGGACCGCGCGAUUGAGAUCUCGCAGAUAAAAGCUGACAUUAUCAGCAUUGUCACGAGUGGGAAAAUGCGCGACGAGCGUGCCGAGUUGUUAGCAGACUCCAUCAAGAAGCAGCAGCAGGAGCUCCAAGAGGCCGUUAAGAAUAUGGUGCAGCGGUACCAAUUGCUGGAUAAACGCAUCAACCAGCUCCAGACACCCAUGACCCAACCUCGACUUGUGGUACGUUUGCCUAAGCUUUCUUAUUGCUUAGCAUUUGACUGA